AUGUUGUCCAACUACCGAUGCCAGCAGCAACGUGCCGCCCCUUCCCACUACCUCCCCCAGACGCCGCCGGAACUGGUGAGCCCCAGUUCGUCAACAUAUUCGUCGAUAUCCUCCGAGGGUCAUUCGGCCUGGCUAUCGAGGCCGAGCGGCCCUCCCUCGCCGCCCAUGGCCAGCUAUGACCAUCCUCACUUCUCUAGCGGCACCACCGAUGACUCGGGCAGGAAGCGCUCUGUGGGGAGUCCGCGGAAGAAGACGAAGCCCUCCUUUGCUGAGCUGACGGGCGCAGCUCCUCCUGCACGGCCAACCCUCCCUCCUCUGAGCAGCCUCUUCCCUCAGGGCGUACGAUCCCUCCCCACCUCGCGCUCGGAUCAGCAGCAGCAACAGCAGCAGCAACAACAGCAGCAACAACAACAGCAGCAGGCCUACCAUGCUGCAACCUCGCCAGUGGAUCCACCCCGGAGUGCCGGUGGCUAUCUGGAGAGGCCCAGCUGUUCCUCACCAUUCUUUGGAAUCCCAAUGUCGAAUGCGCCACAGCUCAAGAAGUCUACAUUUGAGCCGAGGCUCCCUGACAGAACACUCCCAUCGCUCACAGGAGAUCACAGGAGCCUCUUCCCAGACUCGCUCUCGCCUAGCACGAGAGGGGAGCCGCGGGGCCGAGCAGACCCCAGCCACAGAUGGUCUUUCCACCAGGACAUGGUCGAACGCCGCUAUCAGACACAACCGCUGGCUGGCCAGAAACACCCCCACGAGAGCUAUCACUAUGAAGAGGCACGAGGUUCCCAGCAGCAGCAACAACAACAACCGCAGCAGAAGCACCACUAUCCGACGUCACAGCAACCCAACCCAUAUGUCCUCCAGCCUCUGCUUCCAGACAUGCUUCCAGAGAAGGACGAGACGCUGCCAACCAAGGACGGGCUGGGCCCCAAGAUCUGGACGGGGACACACUUCCUGCCCCGUUUUGUCAAGUCGGAGAAUGUGCCCGGCGAAGGCCUGUGCUACUUUUACGAUGAUGGCUCCCACUGCAAGACGGUCAUCGACGGGGAGGCGGUGAAUGCGCACUGGGGCGUGACCAAGGCCGGCAAGCCCCGCAAGAGGCUGGCGAUUGCAUGUCUGACGUGCAGGGAGAAGAAGAUCAAGUGUGAUCCCGACUAUCCUCGGUUCAAGAAUGCGUGA